AUGAGUCCUGGGAAAGUACAAGUCAUUGUCGUCGAAGGCAGAGAAUUGGCAGAUAAAGAUCUCAUUGGAAAAAGCGACCCAUUUGUUGAACUUUGGUUCGAUAAGAAAUACAAACAAAAAACGAGCACCAUAAAAAACAAUUUGUCGCCUGUAUGGAUCGAAGGACUUGAAUUUAACGUUGAUAAACACGAGCACUAUCUCUAUCUUCGUGUUAAAGACGACGGUAUUCUCCUCGAUAGAGAGAUUGGCGAAGGAAAAGUUGAUAUUAAGGAAGUAUAUUCGCAUGGUCACAUGGACGUCUGGGUUAAAUUACCCAAGUUAUUAGGGUUGAGGAGUAACGGGGAAGUUCGCUUGAUCAUUGAAUACGCUCGAACAUAA